AGUGUCAUAUGAUCCACUCGUCCACAACGCUCUCAGCAUCUAUCAUGUGAAUGGUAAGAAGAUGAAAGUGAAAGCAGAAUUCUAUGUUAACUAUAGAUGGGAGGGAGAGAAGAAGCUGAGAGAAAGCAAAGACGGUCCAGAAGAGAAGGGUUAAUACAAGUGACAGGAAGCCUGCAAGAGGGCGAGAGCAACCUGUACUUUAAGGACCUCCAGGCCCCGCACCCCGACACCCGAAAUGCUGUCAACUGGCUCCAAAUAUGAGGCCCCACAAGGAGGGUUCAGCUUUGAGAACUGUCUCAGAAAUAGCACCAUAGAGACAAAUGCAUCAGCUCUGGGUCUCCAGCCACCCAAAGCUCGUAAGACGGGGACCACCAUUGCUGGGGUCAUAUAUAAGGACGGCGUUAUCCUCGGAGCGGACAGAAGAGCCACUGACGACAUGGUAGUGGCUGAUAAAAACUGUGCCAAGAUUCACUACAUCUCCGACAAUAUAUAUUGUUGCGGAGCUGGAGUAGCCGCUGAUGCCGAAUAUGUGACCCAACUUUUGUCCUCCAACCUGGCGCUCCAUGCUUUGACCACUGGAAGACCCCCGCGUGUGUGCACCGCAACCCGGAUGCUAAAACAGCAGCUAUUCAGAUAUCAAGGUCAUGUAGGAGCAUCGAUCAUCAUAGGGGGGAUGGAUGUACGUGGCCCCCACCUUACCAGUGUCCACCCCCAUGGAUCCACUGACACCAUUCUCUACACGGCUCUAGGAUCUGGGGCGAGUGCAGCCAUCGCUGUCCUAGAAGAUCGCUAUAAAACCAACAUGGAGCUGGAGGCGGCUAAACAGCUGGUGACGGAUGCCAUCACGGCGGGCAUCCUGUGUGACCUGGGGUCUGGCAGUGGAGUGGAUCUAUGUGUCAUUACACGAGAAGGGGCGCAGGUAUUACGGGGGUACACACAGACUGAGACCAAGGGAAAAAGGUCAUCCUCAUACCGUUACCCUCGGGGCACCACCGCCAUCCUGAGAGAGAAAGUGACGCAUUUCGAUCUGGUGGAAGAAACCGUGCAACUAAUGGACAUGGAAUAACCUGAAUCUACCAUCAUAUAAGAACUGGAAUCGCAUCACAAUCAACAAUGAUGUCGCUGUCCGCAGCUCCGUUCCCUAACCCAAAUUUUACAUAAUCCACAUUUGGCUUUUUAUAUCCAGGUUCUGAUUCUCUCAUCAUUGAGACCUCAAUGGAAUUAGUCUGUGGGAGUCUUCUUAUAAUAAAAAAAAUAUUGUAA